AUGGGUGCUACACUUGAUGUAACAAAGCCCAGAUGUACCACUCAGUCUCUUGCACUAUUUGCAUUGGACGUGUCGCCUUGGAAAGGAGUUUUUCAGUUUGGAAAGAGAGGGAAGUUAAGCCCUAGGUUUAUAGGGCCAUUCAAAAUUUUGGAGAGGAUUGGUGUUAUUGCUUAUCAUGUGGCCUUAUCACCAAGUCUCUUAAGGCUUCACAAUGUAUUUCAUGUUUUGGCGUUAAGGAAAUAUUUGGCUGACCUUUCCCAUGUUUUAGACUAUCAACCAAUCCAAAUCUCUGAGGAUUUUUCAUAUGAAGAACAAGCCUUAGAAAUCAUUGAUAGAAAGGAGCAAUUUCUAAGGAAUAGAGUUAUUCCAUUGGUAAAGGUGCGCUGGAGAAAUCACUCGUUAAAAGAGUCUAUAUGGGAGCAAGAGGCUGAAAUAAAGGAGAAGUAUCCUUAA